AUGCACCAAAACAAGCCACGGGGUUUUGUGAAGUUUUCUCUCAUCAACAUUGGGCUUACAGUACAAGAGCCAUCGCAAGGCCGCGUUUGGCGUCACAAGACUACGAUGGGUCAGGCAUUUCGUCGAGCAUCUGGAAGAAUCCGAACAGCAUCCGAAGCUGACACGUCGUCUUUCUCCAAGCCAAAGACCGCCGUCGAUCGCCGACCGGCCCCCACGGUUGCCACUGACAAGGCGGUGCAGAUGUCGAAAGCCGCCGAACAAGACGUACUUCACGCCGACGAUCGUACUAGAGUUAAUACGGACAACAUCCUGGAAGAAAGAGAUCCCAAAUUUGAUGCUAUGCUUGGUCAAAUGGUUGGUAGAAUUAAAUCGAAGCCUGGGGGUAAACCUGAGAUGGGUGAGGCCUUUGUGGUAGAGAAGUACAAUAGGCCAAUGCCGAAAUUGCGAAACACAAAACCAGAUUCUGGCCGCAAUGAGGAGAGGCCAGUUCCUGCUGGCACUUUGAAUGUAGCUCAGUUGCGCCAUAUCAUCCUUUUGCAUGAAGGCAAGGCUGAUGAUUACAAUGGGCGUAUGGAUGCUCACCAGAUUGCUGAAAAAUUUCAAGUGGAUUAUGUUCAGAUUCAGAGGAUCUUGCAAUUCUUAUCACAACCUCCUGAAAGUAGCAGUAAAGACAAGAAUGAAACACCAAGAUAA